GAGGCCGCUCCCCAGUUGCCGCGGGAGCGAGCCAGCGAGCGAGCGUGUGCGUGCGUAGUGGAGCGAACUCGGAGCACCCAAGUCAUGACGGCGGCGGCGGCGGCGGGGUCCAAGUCCGGCGGCAUGGGCACCGGCACCAAGGCGGCGCUGCUGGCGCUGGCCCUGUGGUCCCUCAUCUCUCUGGUGGUCAUCGUGGUGUGGUCCACGUCCCCGGACCUGAAGAGCUCGGCCCGCUGCCGCCAGGACCUGCGGCAGAGCCACGAGAAGAUCCUGGGCGCCGAGGCGCUGUGGGCGCGAGACAAGGACGAGCUGGAGCGGCGGCUGGCCGCGGCGCACGAGCGACUCGAGCGGCACGAGGCCGCGCUCGCGCUGCUCGACGGGCGGCUGCGACUCGCCAACCGGACCCUGGACGCCUGCGUCGCGCGCGAGGCGGUCCUUCUGGCCAACAUCAGUGUGCUGCGAGAGGAGGCGGCGCUUCUGCUGCAGACGCAGCUCAACUUGACCGAUCAACUGCAACGUGAAGAAGACCACGCGGAGGCGCUGCAGCACAACCUGACCCAGAGCGACCACCGCGCGGCGGCUUGCUCCAGCCUGAAGGCGGCCGCCGACAGCCUGGCCGCCGCCGCGCAGACUCAGACCCGCGCCUGCGAUGCCGACCGCGAGUUUCUGCGCAAACAGCUGGUCAAGUGUCAAGAGGCGGCAUCGGAAGCGUCUGCUGUGUUGGGGCUGCCUCAGUGA